CCUCGGCCCUCCCUGUCCCAGUCGGCGGCGUAAUGGCGGCUCCCAGGGCCCCGGGGGCUGUGCUCGGAGGCGGGGAAGACGGUGACGGCGGUCGCGGCGGAGCCGGGGCUGUCAGUAACGAGGCGCUAUUCACAGUAGCCAAGACGGGAAGUCUGUGCCCAUGACCAAUGAGCAGAGAAAGAGGAGGAGGCCUAGCUCCCCAAACAACUUCCAGACAAGCCCCCAUCAUUUGCGGAGGAGUGACUAUGGUCGGGACUGCAUCCUGGAGCCGCUGUCCCUGCCUGAGGGCGCGGGGUGCAGCAGCACCCCCGAAGGCUCGCCCUCUGUGCCCUGUAUCUUCUGUGAAGAACACUUCCCCACAGCUCAGCAGGACCCCCUUCUGAAGCACAUGAUUAUCGAGCACAAGCUCGUCAUAGCCGAUGUCAGGCUGGUCGCUGACUUCCAAAGGUACAUCCUGUACUGGAGGAGGAGGUUCAGGGAGCAGCCCAUCACCGACUUCUGCAGCGUGAUCCGAAUCAACUCCACCGCUCCACUGGAAGAGCAGGACAGCUACUUCCUGCUGUGUGACGUGCUGCCGGAGGACCGGGUGCUGAGGGAGGAGCUGCAGGCGCAGAGACUGAAAGGAAUUCUGGAGCAGCAGCAGCGGGAGCGAAAUGACAACAACUUCCAUGGCAUCUGCAUGUUUUGCGAUGAGGAAUUCCUUGGGAACAGCUUUCUUCCUAGAUCUGUGCUAUUGAACCACAUGGCCAGAGAGCAUGCCUUCAACAUCGGGCUGCCGGACAACAUCGUGAACUGUGGUGAAUUCCUGUGCACGUUGCAGAGAAAGCUGGACAACCUGCAGUGCCUGUACUGCGAGAGGACCUUCAGGGACAGGAGCCUGCUCAAGGACCACAUGCGGAAGAAGCAGCACCGCAGGAUCAACCCCCGCCACCGGGAGUACGACCGGUUCUACGUCAUCAACUACUUGGAACUGGGAAAAUCCUGGGAAGAGGUUCAGUCGGAAGACGACCGGGAGCUGCUGGAGCAGCAGGAAGAGGACUGGUCGGACUGGGAGGAGUGCCCCGUCUCCGCCGUGUGUCUGUUCUGUGAAAAGCAAGCGGAAACGACGGAGCAGCUGUGCGCCCACAUGGAGGAGGCGCACGGAUUUGACCUCCUCAGAACAAAGGCAGAGCUCGGACUGAAUUUCUAUGAGCAAGUGAAGCUGGUCAACUUCAUCCGACGGCAGGUUCACCAAGGCCGAUGCUACGGCUGCUGCACCAGGUUUCCAUCCAGGGCCGACCUGGGGGCCCACCUGGCGGAGGCCAAGCACGCGGCCCUGCUCCCCGACAGGAGGACCUGGGACCAGCCCGAGUACUACUUCCCCACCUACGAGAACGACGGCCUGCUGUGCACGCUGUCCGACAGCGAGGGCGACCUGUCGGCCCCGGGCCAGAGCAGGGGCGUCACCGUCAUCAGUGAGGACACGUCCCAGCUCCAGGCGCUGAGGCAGAGCAGCGUCCUGAACCAGCUGCUGCCACGGGGCUGGGAGGGCUGACACGAGCCGGGAGUGUGAACCGGAGCCCCAGCCGGGGAUGCGUCCUGGCCAAAAUAAACUGAAAAAUGAUCUUUUACUCUAAAGUUUUACUAUGUAACCAGCGCACCUGGUCUCAUUUCAUUAGACCAAUUGUCUGUGAUAGGAAUGCACAUCACAAAGAAAUAAAAUGUUCGCCUGGCCGUAUGGCUCAGUGGUUGGGCCUCGACCUGUGAACCGGUCAUGGUUCAAUUCUCGCUCAGGGCGCAUGCCUGGCUUGUGGGCCGGCGGGAUUGCACCCCAGUAGGGGGUGUGCAGGAGGCAGCCAAUCAGUGAUUCUCAUCAUGGAUGUUUCUGUCUCUCCCUCUCCCUUCCUCUCUGAAAUCAAUAAAAAUAUAUUUUAAAAAUAAAUGAAA